UUACGGCAGCGACUCGUGAGGUAACACUUGCGCAGUUUGUCCGUAGUGUUAAAUACCAUCGUAAAGCUUUAAAACAGUACGUAAUAUAACAGAUAUCCGUCUGGAUUACUAUUUCAUUUUACACGGAACUAUAUUUUUUAUUUUCGCUUUUCUCCUUAGCUUUUUUCAGCCUUUGUGCCUGAACUGCCACCAGGGAACAGCAGAGCAGGCGGUGAAAGAAAAACAGACAGACUGACACAUCAGCGCGAGGUACACGGAUGUGCGUGGAGGAUGAGUCCGGCUUUAGAAGCGCUGAUGGAGGGGUGUAGAUACCCGGGUAAAGGAGAAAUGAAGGGUGGUGUGAUGUUGGAACCAUUUGUUCAUCAAGUUGGUGGUCACUCUUGUGUAUUGCGCUUUGGGGAACAGACCAUCUGCAAGCCACUAAUACCCCGAGAACACCAAUUUUACAAAAGCUUGCCACCCGAGAUCCGUAAAUUCACGCCUCAGUACAAAGGUGUGGUGUCGGUGAGCUUUGAAGAAGACGAGGAAGGGAAUCUGUGUUUGAUUGCAUACCCGCUCCACAGCGAUCCAGACGAUUUGGAGAACAAGGAGCCCUCUGCUGACGGCGAGUCUAAGAACAAGCUUGUUAAGUGGGGAAAAAAGAAGCAAUCAGUCCUACUCUCAGAGAACGAGAGAACCAGGCUGAGCCGCAAAGAGGAGAAGGGCAAAAGUAAUCGGGAUGAUGAAGCUGAAGUUUUGUACUACAGUCUGGAGAAAGGAAAUGUGGUUCCUCAAAUCAAGCACAACCCUUGGAGUCUACAGUGUCACCAGCAACAUCUACAGAGAAUGAAAGAGAACUCCAAACACAGAAACCAGCACAAAUUCAUUCUACUUGAAAACUUAACAUGGCGGUACCGGGUUCCAUGCGUUCUCGAUCUGAAAAUGGGAACACGUCAGCAUGGGGACGAUGCCUCUGAGGAGAAGAAAGCCAAUCAGAUACGCAAAUGCCAACAAAGCACUUCCUCUUCUAUAGGGGUUCGCCUCUGUGGCAUGCAGGUUUAUCACAAUGCUACAGGGCAGCUGAUAUUUAUGAAUAAGUAUCAUGGCCGCAAAUUGAGUCUGGCUGGAUUUAAAGAGGCUCUGUGCCAGUUCUUCAGUGAUGGACGUGUCCUGUGCAGAGAACUUCUGACCCCGGUGCUUCAAAGACUGAGAGAGAUGAGAGCUGUUCUGGAGGCUUGCGAAAGCUAUCGUUUCUUCUCCUCCUCACUUCUUAUCAUCUACGAUAGCGCACCACCUCCCGCCCCAGCUAGAUCCCGGCCCUCUCGUGGAGGAGAGGAGGGAGAUGAAGACGACGAUGACGAAGAUGAUGAUGAGGAGGACGGAGCCUAUGGAGGGCGCCGCGAUCACUCCAGCGGCCCUGGUUUGGUUUCGCCAACGGUGGAUGUGCGAAUGAUUGAUUUCGCGCACACAACAUGCCGUGAUUACGGAGAGGAUGGUAUUGUUCACGAGGGUGGAGACAGUGGUUACAUCUUUGGCCUACAGAAUCUCAUCAGCAUUCUGUCACAGCUUGAAGAGCACAGCAACGAUUGAAUGCUUGUGCACCGCCUUUUCAAUGCAAUUGCCAUGCCAGGCUUAUCGUGGGCACCCUGACCAUGUCGGCUGGGUUAAAGUUCGCGCUUAGAUUGCCUGUUGUGCUUCCUCAAAGCCAAAGCAGAAGUGGUCACGUAAACGGGGGUCAAAGGUCAAUCCUGAAUUCCCAGAGUACCUCAGGAGAGGUUGUUUUUGAACUCACUCACUCAGGGGCAGGAGUGCGGACCCUCUCUCUGCCUGCUGUUUCUGCUCGUCCCGAAUGACUGAGGGACAGCAGUAGAUGAGUUUCGCGCGAUCUCAUCUGAUCAUUUUUAUUUGUUCUCUUCAUCUAUGAAAAAUGUGGAAAUUAAGAUGAUGUUUGCGUUAAAUAAGCUUUCAUUAAAGACUUAUUAAAGCAAAAACAGAGAAUAAUGUGGACAAAAGAGAUGGUUUCUCUUACACACAUCUUUUAAUAGGAAGUGGGUUUGUAGCAAGGAACUGUUAGUUAUUUUGUCGUUUUAUGAUAAAGUUUGGUAGCACAAAGAUAAAUCAAUAAGACAAAAUUGAUACUUCACAACUUGGCAACAAAUAUCACGGUGCUUAAUAAACACUAAGCAGGACCCUGCAUGAGCAGGAUACAAGUUAUUUUGUUGUUUUAUGAUAAAGUUUGGUAGCACAAAGAUAAAUCAAUAAGACAGUUGAUACUUCACAACUAGGCAACAAAUAUUACGGUGCUUAAUAAACACUAAGCAGGACCCUGCAUGAGCAGGAUACAAGGGAAGAGAGGUUUUUUGGAGUGUGUGGAAGAGGGAAUUCGCAUAGCUCUUCUCCACAUUCCUUACUAUAUAAGACUCUUGGACAUUUUGUGGGGACAGCUGACAAUGUCAUAUGGAUAUCCAAAUAUUUUUCAUUGUCUUGGUUCCUCUUCAUUCCUUAGCCAUGUGUCUGAAAUCGUCACUCCAGAGACUUUAAAGAGAGCCCUAUUUAUUUAAGAGUAUUUCUAUCAAAUGUGAAAUAAAGUGUUAAAUGGAAAUGUGACAUUCCAACCUUUACUUCUUUGUUAUGAUGUAAGCGAUGUAGGUAGUGAAACGGUUUAUAUGAUUUCCCCUGUUUUUGACAUUAUGAAACAAAAUAAAGAUAAUUCUGUUUUUGUU